AUCUGUGAGCUCUCUCUCUCUCUUCCCCAGAGGUGAGUCAGUUAGGAAUGUGGAGAGUAGCGACAGCAGCGAUGGCUGAGCGAAGCCACGGUCCGUCUAUAAUGCGUUUAUUCUACUCUGUGGCCAUCUGGAUGACAUUCAUCCACUGUUCCAACGGAAUUCCUUGGACACAAGAAAAGCUCCACCACCGAGCCAUCACACUGACACAAGAUGAGAUUCGUGCCGCCCUGUCUCACACUGACUUGGACCAGAUGUGGCAGAGGGAUCUGAGGCCUCUGUUGGUUACCAGGUAUCCAGGCUCUGCGGGCAGCCAAGCUGUGCAGGAGCAUAUCAAAACAACCCUUGGUUCCCUUGGAGCACGCUGGGAAGUGACAGAGGAUAAGUUUAUGUCAGAAACACCUUACGGCCCCCUGCCCUUCACCAACCUAAUCGCCACCCUCAACCCAUCAGCCAAGCGCCGCCUGGUUCUGGCCUGUCACUACGACUCCAAGUACUACGCACCACAGUGGCACGGGAGGGAGUUCCAAGGCGCCACUGAUUCUGCUGUUCCCUGUGCCAUGUUGCUGGAGGUGGCACGAGCCCUGGAUGAAGAACUGAAAGCUCAAAAGAGCUCCAACCCCAACCUGACCCUACAGCUGAUCUUCUUUGACGGAGAGGAGGCUCUUUUCCAGUGGACCCCUACUGACUCCCUGUAUGGCUCCCGCCACUUGGCCCAGAAGAUGGAGAGCACCCCUCACCCGGCAGGAGCCACAGACACCAACCAGCUACACGGCAUAGAUCUGUUUGUGUUGUUGGACCUGCUUGGAGCUCCUAGCCCUCACAUUGGCAACCAGUUCCCCAACACAACACCGUGGCUCUCCAGACUGCAGAACAUUGAGAAGCGUCUCCACUCCAUGAACCAGCUGGUGGAUCAUCCCAUCAGUGUGGAAUAUUUCUGGCCCAAUCGACCUGUUGGCCACAUCCAAGAUGAUCAUGUACCAUUCCUAAACAAAGGUGUCCGUAUCCUCCACCUUAUCCCCUCCCCCUUCCCGUCUGUGUGGCACACAUUUGAUGACAACGAACAGAACCUGGAUCGCACCACCAUUCAGAACCUGAACAAGAUCUUCCAGGUCUUUGUUCUAGAGUACCUCAACGCCAGACCAGUUCUCCCUUCCACCCCCUCAACUCCUUCAGUAUCUUCAAACCCACAGAAUGCCCCGUAAAAUUCCUAGCAUACCCUUCAGCAACUCUGUUUCUUUUGAUGUUUCACUGUAGUAGAGGUCUUCAGGUUCUUAUUUUAUAGACUGGAAGAAUACACUGCUAUUUACUGCUAUUUAAAUACCAACACAUCCAUUGCAGCAACAAUAUGGCUGCCAACUGCUGAAAGCAUUUAACAUGGAGAAUAUCUUCAUAUUUAAAAAGUUCAUCUUUUCUUUUGAAAUCUAAGUCUCAAGAAGUAAAAGUUCUUUGUUAAUGGGUUCAUAAGAAGACUCCAUGGCUCCAUCUUCCCUUCAAGCCCUCAGUCCCCAGCCGUGAGAUCAGCACACAGGAUCUUCUGUGUGUUUUGUACUACACUACUCCCUUUAUAUCAGCCUGAACUCCUCGUUUACCCUGAGAGGAGGCAUCGUAGUGUCAAUGCUAAUGUCUAGGAUCUGCUCCACUUUGUAUCAAAGAUGAGGAAAAAGAGUGGGAGCUGUUAAAAUGCCAUGAUGUCCUUUAAUUCACAAUUGCCCAGGAGACAAAUGUAUUGCUAGACCAAAGUUGGUAACAUUUUCUAUAUGAAUUGCCAUGGAAACAGCCUGAAAACACUUCAGCAUUCAGAAUGGAUUGUGAUAAAUAUAUAAAAUAGGCCAUUCACAUGAAUUCUAUGAAAAGGAAUGGGUACGCUUAUAGGUUAACGCACGUGAGACAGUGUCACAGGGUAUGUUUUUGCUACAGGGUAUGCGACAUUUCCUCUCCUGCAGUAAAUCUGUUCCAUUCAGUGUUUAGAGAGCAAACUUGUCAGUGGCAGGAAAUGGGUUUAUUUGUAUUAUCACAACAUCUUUAGCCUUUCAUAUCCUGUCAUCUCAGAUAGUGAAGUGGAUAACUUCCUGUGCUGAGGUUUCACAUGCCUGCCUUUGUUUACAUUAUUAGCCCGAUCUUAAUGUAGAUCCCAGAAUAAUAUACAAUGCCAAAACUGGACUUCCUGUAUUUUGAGGCUGAAAUAAAUGUUGAUUCAGAACACAAAGCA